GUUCUGCAGUACGCGGGGUUGAAGCACAUUCCUGCUCUGCAAGGCUUUCUGUUAAGGAUGUAUUGUGGCUUUUGUUUGGAUUGCAGCAUGCAGAAUUACAGCUGUUCAGAGGAGACUCAUUACAACUCCUGCUGAAGCUCCUAAUCUUCUUCCCUUCUCUUCUGCCCUUUCCCCCUACCCUCACUUGGCCUGAAGACGUUGUCCCCAGAGUUUGCCUUACUCCCCUGGUGCUAUGUGUAUGGUGAACUUGGCAUUAUGGCCGCGUUUGGAACUGGCCAGACAACUGCUGCUGGCUCUCCUUAUUCCAAGAAGGAUUUAAAGGGGAAUUGCACUGCAGGCAAUGCACCACAGCAGCAGCAUCAGGAGCUUGGGGACUAAGGCUCCUCUGGCAUUAUUACAUACAUGCAAAGCUGACCGCAAUGACAGCGGCUGCUCCUUUGAACUGUUGGAAGCAGCCAAGCGGCAGCAUGAAGUGACAGAUCACUCCUGAGCUCAAGAUGAACUCCACCUUGGAUGGUAAUCAGAGCAGCCACCCUUUUUGCCUCUUGGCAUUUGGCUAUUUGGAAACUGUCAAUUUUUGCCUUUUGGAAGUAUUGAUUAUUGUCUUUCUAACUGUAUUGAUUAUUUCUGGCAACAUCAUUGUGAUUUUUGUAUUUCACUGUGCACCUUUGUUAAACCAUCACACCACAAGUUAUUUUAUCCAGACUAUGGCAUAUGCUGACCUUUUUGUUGGGGUGAGCUGCCUGGUCCCUUCUUUAUCACUCCUCCAUCACCCCCUUCCAGUAGAGGAGUCCUUGACUUGCCAGAUAUUUGGUUUCGUAGUAUCAGUUCUGAAGAGCGUCUCCAUGACUUCUCUGGCUUGUAUCAGCAUUGAUAGAUACAUUGCCAUUACUAAACCUUUAACCUAUAAUACCCUGGUUACACCCUGGAGACUACGCCUGUGUAUAUUCCUGAUUUGGCUAUACUCGACCCUGGUCUUCCUGCCUUCCUUUUUCCACUGGGGCAAACCUGGAUAUCAUGGAGAUGUGUUUCAGUGGUGUGCGGAGUCCUGGCACACCGACUCCUACUUCACCCUGUUCAUCGUGAUGAUGUUAUAUGCCCCAGCAGCCCUUAUUGUCUGCUUCACCUAUUUCAACAUCUUCCGCAUCUGCCAACAGCACACAGAGGAAAUCAGCAAAAGGCAAGCCCGCUUCAGCAGCCAGAGUGGGGAGACUGGGGAAGUGCAGGCCUGUCCUGAUAAGCGCUAUGCCAUGGUCCUAUUCCGAAUCACUAGUGCAUUUUACAUCCUCUGGUUGCCAUAUAUCAUCUACUUCUUGUUGGAAAGCUCCACUGGCCACAGCAAUCGCUUCGCAUCCUUCUUGACCACCUGGCUUGCUAUUAGUAACAGUUUCUGCAACUGUGUCAUUUAUAGUCUUUCCAACAGUGUAUUCCAAAGAGGACUAAAGCGCCUCUCAGGGGCCAUGUGUACUUCUUGUGCAAGUCAGACCACAGCCAACGACCCUUACACGGUUAGAAGCAAAGGCCCUCUUAAUGGAUGUCAUGUCUGAAGUGGCUCAGAUAUGGGGUUUCCCUGUGUAUGUAUGUGUUUUAUCUCUAGGUAUUUCUAAUUCAUUAGGAAAUCUGGGACAGAAUACUUUGACUCUAAGCAAUAGCAUACAAAU